AUGGAGAAGUCUAUGGCUGUAUCCGAAACCAAAGGCAGCUGUCUUGCACAGUCAGUCAAUGAUUUAACAGACAGUGUUAAGGUUCCACCUAAGGAAGUUGCUUGGUGCUAUCACAUGCCAUCUUGUAGUGAGGUCACUUGGCCCACAAUCACAAGCAAAGAAUGUAAUGGCACUCAACAGUCUCAAAAAGAUAUUGUUAAUGCCAAUGUUCAAGCUAAUGCCAGUUUAACCUCUUUCAAUUUCAGUGGCUAUGACGAUGACACCACCUUAUCUAUGAUUGAAAAUACUGGCAAGACAAUUAAGGUUACACUUGAUCACAAGAAAAUGCAUGUAGAAGGAGAUCUGCCAGGCUUGUUUACUAGUAUGGAGUUUCAUCUUCACUGGGGCAAUGGUAGUGCCAUGCCUGGAUCUGAUCACACUGUAGAUGGCAAACAAUGCCCCAUGGAGCUGCACAUAGUGAAUAAAGCUGUAGCUGAUUCACAUGAAUUGGCUGCCUUUGGUUUCUUUAUAGAGGCCACUAAUGACACCGGGAAACCAGAAAGCUGGAAGACCAUAACAUCUUAUCUGACAAAAAUUGCCAAUGAAGGUGAAAGCGCAUGCAUCACCCAAUUUAUCUCCAUGGAUGAUCUGCAUCCUGGGGUGGACAGGACUAAAUUUUAACAUUAUCUUGGUUCUUUGAACAACUGCAAUGAAAGUGUAGUGUGGACAAUCUUUAAAGACCCCAUCAAAGUCAGCCAGGAUUUGAUCAACCUCUUCAGAACUGUCUACAUCAACAUGUCAACCAACUCUCCCCUAAUGGCUAACACUUUCAGAGGUGUUCAGCCAAUCAGUAACAGGACUGUGAUAUCACAAGUGGCAGGUACCAGAAUUACUGGUUCUAAAAUGCCAACAUAA